UGUUAUAAUUUUUUUAUAGUUUAACAAAAUUAGGGCAUUCGGAAGUUCUAGUGUUUCUAGUGCCCUAGUUUCUAGUGCCCUAGUGUUUCAUGAAAUACAUUUCUCGAGAUACAUGAACUGAGGUUUGAAUUUAAAUAUGGGUAAGAGUUUAACAGAAAAAGACUUUGAUCAAGUAGAAUCCUGGAUCGGAACUGGACCCAAAAUAUUCAAUCUGCUGUACAGCAUAAAACGGGAUGGCUGUGGCGCGAGUGUGUUUCAUCAGAAAUGUGACAACCAAGGACCAACACUAACAGUCUUGUACAACAAGGAGGGUUCCGUGUAUGGUGGGUACACCGGGCUUAGCUGGCAAUCACCGGAAAUUGGGUUGAAUCAAUCGGAUGAUGCGGCAUUUCUUUAUCAGUUGUAUUUUUCUGGGAAUAAGAUCUCGAAGAAAUUUCCAUUAAAGAGCGGACAGACAGCGAUUUGUUCAUAUGCCGGUUAUGGGCCAUUCUUUGGUAACAGCUUCUAUCCUGACUUAUAUACAUUUAGUGGUGUAAUACAAAAGUUUUCUUCGGGAGAAUACAACCUGAAUGGGGACAUGAAUACACAAUUCGGUAAGAACUACGAAACAGGAGGAACAACGUCCAAGGAAGUCAACAACGGACACCUCAGAGUGACAGAUUUGGAGGUUUACACAGUCAAAGAUGGCCAAAGAAAAGAGCCAGAUUUGCCAACUCCAUGGCGGAAAACUGCAGAAUGGGGAACGGAGUUGCUUGAGAGAUUGGAGGAAGAGGUGAAAGGCAUUCAACCGCCAGAAGAACUUGACGUGCCACAUUUCAACAUUCUAUUGAUGGGGCCUUUAGGCUCGGGUAAAUCGAGCUUCUGUAAUUUGGUGUCCUCUGUUUUUCGGGGAAGAAUAUCACACCGGGCAAGAGUUGGUGGAGACUCGGAAACAAGUACAACAACCAUGUUUACGCCAUACACGUUUGGGGACAAAGUCAGCCUACAGCUCUAUGACACAAGAGGCUUAGCGGAGACGGAUACAUUGGACCUUGUCCAAUGCAAUCACAUGUUGGAAGGUAACGUGCCGGACUUUUAUGAGAUGGCAUCGGCGAGCCUGAUAUCAAAUGACGAUGCGGAUUUUCAGCAUAGGCCAAAAUUGAGUCACAAAACGCACUGUGUUGUAUUUGUUCUGGACGGUUCGACAGUGGGCGAUAUUUCAACGCCAAUGUUGCACAAACUGAAAACGUAUCGGAAUCUGUUGAACAGAAAAGAGAUACCACAAGCCGUAUUAGUCACAAAGAUUGACAAACUCUGCCAUAAAACCGAUGAAAAUGUUAGUAACGCAUUCAUGAGCACAACGGUGAAGAAGGUAGUAGAAAAAGUAUCAGAGAUGUUCAAAUUACCGCGGAACAAUAUUUGGCCAAUUAAAAAUUAUGAAGAGGAAGUGGAAAGCGACGAGAACAUCAACAUUCUUGCUUUGUUUGCUAUCCGACAGAUCCUGUUCUUUGCAGAGGAUUAUUUGGAAAACAUGAAAGUGAAGCAAAGUAGGAGAAGUCAGAAAGGAAAGGCAAAGCAGGCUGAAGGUGAAGUGUUCGGGUCAGACACUGCUUAAAACAUAUCAUGCUUUGUUUUUUCAGAAACUGAAUUUGUGUGGAACGUCGAUAUCAAGUAUACAUGCCAUGUCCUCAGAUGCUUAAUUAUACUAAAAUUGUAUAGACGCAGUCUUGACAACAAUAUCGUCAUUGUAAAUGUGUAUGAUAUGACUAAACAAUGACAUAUUACGAGUACAUAUGCGUUCGACUAUUCCGCUUAAAUUAAAACCUCAUACAUAAUGUUUGAUAACGUGUGUCCUUGAAUAAUUGUUUGUUGAAAUGUGUCCACAAAUUAUUGCUAACAAUCCUUGUAAAUAUCUUCGUACAUUAUGUUGUACUCUACUUGUUUAAGAUAUAACCCAUGCCAAAACGUAAUAUGUUAAAGGUGAUGUGAAAAUAUAGUAUGUCUUUAAAAGCAUUUGACAUGUGUGCAAAACGAAUCCAGUUAAUUAAAUCACUUUGAAAUCAUAUCAAAUCUAAGUUUAAACCAUUGAUGAAAUAAGUUAGAUACAUAAUGAAAUGAUCGCAAGAUAUUAACAAUAUAUCAGAGCAAGCAUGGUACGAGGUUUUUGGUAUUACGAAAUGGCGACAAAUAACCCGACCCAUACCUGAACAAAAGCUUCACUUCAUCAGCAAAGCAUUAAUAAAGAAAUGGUUAUUCAUAUCUCGUUGAUAAUAUACUAGCGAAAAGCGUAAAUGCGCAUAAAAGGAUUCUUGCUGGAAUUGAUUGAUUAUAAAUUAUCUCCUACAUUAACAUACCAAUGCACGUACAUGUAGUCAUGUUAAAAACAUCAUUUUAACCUUAUUUUUGGUAAGUGUUAGUAACAUAUUUAUAUUUUUAUAAGAUAUAUAUGUACUGCGUUGUUUGAAGAGUUUUUGUUACAUGUUUCUUGUUUGCAAUUAUUUGUGAUUGAUUGUUUUUGUGUUCUAUGUUUUUGGUUUUUACCCUUUAUGUUUAAACUUUUGGCUACUUGGCUUGUAAAUGAAAUAAGUAUUUUUGUAGUGCACAAUCACUUAAGUCGCUUAUUCAUUACACACGCAUAAUGCUGUACAGAAGUUUGGUUUACGCAUGUUUGCAUGACAUUGCUGAUAUGGAAAAUUACGACUACACAUGGAUUGUUUUACAUGAGAGUUCCAAUAGCUUAUGCCAACGUAUUAUUUUAUUAUUAACCAGGUUUUCAUAUAGUGAAACCUGGUUAUUAGAA